AUGGCUGUCAGUCCCAUUGGUCUGGCUCCGAUUUCGAGGGUAAUGCUUAUUGCAUUUAUAGAUCCCAGUUCUGUACGAUAAAUUUUCGCCUACUCCACAUAACAAACCUCCUAGUUUAUUGUAAAAUUGGCGUUAGCAUCACCACUGACUCUUUGUUCACAUUUCUCGCUCGGUUCCAAAUUAUUGGUUCUACCUAACUUUUUUUCCUCAACCGUACCUGCCUCUUAUUUAAAAAUGCUGUAAUUAUCGGGGUGGCCGAUUACCGUCCUUAGCAUUCCUCACCUCAUCCGAGAUCUUUCAUUUUCGUACACACUUAUCCGCACACGUAUUAUUCAUCAGCCACUUGAGCAUAUUUAGAGUUAAACGAACAGGAUUUGACGUAACAGACUGGUAUUAUGUCUUUGAGUUAGUGUUUCGAUCACCGGUGGUCCGGCUGCUCAUGCCCGACGUCCGAAUCAGUAUUUUACACUGUCGCACUGAGUGCAUGUCUCCGGUUUCACCAGAACUGGUUUAACCUACUCAAUCCACAUAAUGGGCACUUGCCGUCUGAAAUCUUGCUCAUUGCAGUCUUCCGAGAGCAAGCACCUUGCAGCAUAAGGUCAUUCGGUGUUGUCCUUGUAGUCGAUGUGUUUAAUUUGAAUCACAUUUUUAUAAUUGAAAGACUUCACGUUCUUCUGAGUUUGCUGUUCAUACUAGCUUCUAAGCUAAUUCCUCUAAUCCAUGCGGACAAGAGUCUUCACUAUAGAGUGCUAAUUUGGUUAAGCUCACAGUCAUUGCUUUUUUAUGAUCGCCUGUGAGUAUAUGACAGCCGUUACUAGUUUACAAGGGUUUUUAAAAGCACUAGCACGUUUGUUCUUAGCAGACGCACUAUUGUUAAUUUUCUCCCGCAGUGCAUUCCUUCGUACAAAAUUGAGAAAGUAUAAACAUACCCAACUUGUAAGAGAUCGGAAAAGGACAAUUGUUUGAUCAAACAAUCGUCGUUUUCCGAUCUCUGUUUGAUCAAACAUUUGUCCUUUUCCGAUCUCUGAAAACUGAAAAUGGCCCAACUGACCAAGUGAACUCUUCUUGAGAAGAACUCACUUGGUCAGUCGGGCCAUUUUCAGCUUUCACCUUAACUUCAACUGUGCAACAGACAAUUUUGUCACGCGCUGUGAACCCCGUAACCCCCCAGCUCUGUCGCGCCUUCUGCUCUAAUUUACCAUCCUUCCUCAUAGCACGUCGUUAAACGCAUUCCAUGGUUUAGUCCGACGGUAAUUUUUAUUGAAGGCCAUUCUGUGACCUCUUGCCCAAGGAAAAUACUUCAACAGUUUUAACAUCCAAAUUCUACCUUUGAAUGACCAUUCUUCUCAAAACCGGACGGCUUUGUCUUGACUUUCGGCAUGUCCUCUGUAUUCCAUUAUCCUUAUCUCCAUGAUCAUUGUAAUUUAUUAGUGUCAGACCUUACCUACACGUACUUGGAACUGAUUCUGCUACAUCUACGUAAUUUUACGUCUUCAUCCUUCCUCACUGUUUGACGAAUUUGUAUUUGAUCCAAAAUAACGUUGGAUUCAAAUGUAACUUAAGUCUGCGCCUUCUGGUUAAAUACAUUUGAUAUUUGUUGAGGACUCGAGAGUAUCUUACUUCGUUUGAACCGAACUCUAGGUUUGUUUUGCUGUUGCACCGUUCCUUUGACAGCACACACAGUUACAUUCUCUCCACGUGGCAUUUUUAUGAUAAUCCUAGUUCUCCAUGUCCAUGCAUCGUGUAUAGGCAUUGAGGGAGCAGAUUCGACAUGUCCCCGCCACGCAAACAUUUUGUGCAUUUUUAGUGUGAUGUUUGGGAUCUUCAUUGAAAGUAUGGUCGUCAUUUUGUUCCACCUCCCCAUCAGUGAGAGCGGUUAAUUUUCUCAAUUCUGCCUUAAGUACUUCAACUUCUGGAGUAACCAGUUGCAUGUUUGUUGUUGCCUUUUGCUUGCGUUAGGUCGGUAUUCAAUCCAACCAAAUGACUGAGUAGCAUGUACUGCCUAGAAAUUCUUGGAUCUUAAUUCACAGGAAGCUCCCAGUUCUGUAGGCUGAUUUCAUCUUAUCCAACUCCGUGUAUAUUUUUUCAGUUUCCGUAAGUCAAUUUCCAUACACGUCACGAUGUUGCUUAUGCAGAUACGCUUAAUCUACUUCGGCAUAGUCGGGCAUCCUACAGUUGUUUUGGUAAUAAUGACCACAAAAGGACUAUGAGUCUAAAAACCAAAAUGUUUGGUUCGCGUGUUGUUAUGCCAACGAAUAAUUACCGAGUCCUUUUUCUGCUGCUGUAUUGCAUCCAGCCUUGCACUCGGGUUCGCCCUAAGUUUUCCGGAAGGGAACCCAUUUUUAUAAUCGAACUUUAGUGUGAUAAGUUGUCCGUGGACUUGUUCUCGCAGUGCUUGGGUGCACCAAUAUCAAAUUUUUGCAUCGUAUUUCAUUAUUUUCUUCCGUUUCAUCUUUUAAUUCGCCAUUAUUCUGAGAUGAGACGGUCAGUAUUAUUUUACUUGGCAGAUGAAACAUUCCUACAAUCACCAUUCAGGUAAGGUGAUUGGCAGCACCCAAUACACCACCAAAAACUAUUUUAUGAACAGAAUUUGACCUCCUGGUCGAAAAUGAGCCGUGCCAAAAACAAGCUGUCCUGAGAGUAAGCGGAUACCAGCACUUCAAAUCUAAAUUCACUAAAAUAUCACUGUUUCCUUACUAUAAAAGGCCAUGUUUUUCAAGUCACCUAGGCCUCUACGCGCGUUUAUUUCUCAUCUGUAGGUUUGUGGACGGGGCGGGCUUUACUUACGCCCUCCCUGCCAGCUCACCCGUAGAUUUUCCGUCCAGUCGGCCGAGCCCGCAGCACAGGUUGUCCUGACCAAUGGCCUUCCGCGUUUUCACAUUCCUCUGCCAUCGCGGAAAGAGACGUGCGUUUUUACUAUGCGGCCCCUCAGCAACACUGUAGGCGACCUGAUUGAGGCAAUCCGAGAGGAAGACAAAGGCAUCGACAGAAUCGCUCUUCUUUCUCCAGGUAGUUAAAAGUGUCAAUAUCAGUUUCCAGCAGAUGCAAAAAAUGAUUCUAUAAUUUUUUACCGAAGUAAAAUGCUACCGCCAAUAGAUUCCGAGACGAAACCCGGAAUCCAAUUACAAGUAGUUAAAUGCUAUUUAUUGCUGCAAGUAAUCCAACCUCCAUCAUAUUGCCUUCGCGAGACGCCCUCUGCGUCUAUCGGCAGUGCAGACAGCGUCAAACCUAACUUUCUUGUAUCUGUGUCUUACUAUGUUUCCCCUCAUUGGGUGCUUAAAUCGCCACUGCCUUCACUUUCCUGGGGACAGACCAUCUGACAGUGCACAAAGUAAAAUUUGUUCGCGUACAUUCAACCGCCUUGUAGGUAUUUCACUUUGUGGAAGGAUUUCCGAAGAGUUCCGACAUAGUUAUAUUUGGGUGAACAGUGGGCUUUUCUUUUCUCUCCGUUUUCAUCGUUUUCUUCUUACAAUUCACUGCACCUCAAGAAACAACGUAAAUGACUAUGAUUCGGCCAUUUUUUUAAAAUCUUUUACAGCCUUCUGCCUGCACUUGCGAGCACCUCAAUGCUUCCUCAGUAUUGUCUUUUCCAGCAGCUUAGGCAUAGGUUUUUGUCUCUUGAGCCAGGUUUUUACACACUUGACGUGGGUCGUUUUGCAUUCACUGGGGCUCGCUGAGUUUGGUCCUAACCAUUUCACCGUAAGAGCAGCUCAGCUGGAGUUUUGCAGGUCCUUCCUACCCCAUAAAUGUUAGAAGCUCUCAUUACAUUACUGUCUUUAUCGAAAUCGCGCUACGAAACCCACUUGUCUCGUUGCGCCUUGGGGCUCUCUCUCCAGGCCCGCCGGCAGCCGCACAUCGGCUCGUAAUAUAGGCAGAAUGACAUUGACGACAAAGACAAGGGCGACUGGAAGAGCCAUUUUGGCUUAUUAACCAUCGUCAGGCAGCCAUGCCCAACCCCGAGGUGUACAAGUCCUGGGGCUCGGUGCCGCGACCUACUUAUUGGAAGCCCAACGCCCGUAACCACUGAGCCACAGACUCGUUAUUCUGUCGGUUGCCACAGACCUCGUUUUCCCGCAGGCAUACAUACAUACAACAUGCGCCAAAACAUAUGCGAAAAGUUACGGAAAGCGCCAAAUAACCCGUCGUUUACGACUAUGUCCACCGUGUGCUCCACACCAAGGCGAGAACAGGGACGGUGACUUGUGCGUGAUUUAGUUUACAAUAAUAGCAGACUUGCACAGCAUCUAGCACACUCUCCUCCUCCCCCACCUGGAGCCGGUGUCAAGACAUAGUUAAGAAGACCGGGGGCGGGGGAGGGCGCAGGUGGAUGCCACGGUUGGGCCCGCACCUUGGCGUUCCACUCCACACCCCUUGGAUCAUACAAAAGUGACCAGGUUUUUGACCAGCAACCACAAUGGGAGGCGCAAGGGGUUCCAGUGUGCAUGACGUCUGCUGGCAACGGAGUCGGCCACCGUCCACCUGAAAUGUUUGCAUUUGUUAUGAUGCGCAAAUCCGAUAACGCAUACCAGAAUCCGAUAUGGCCUCCGUGUUGGUCCAGCGCACCUACCACGUGGCCCGUUUGGGGCGCAUAGCUGUCUUCCACAACCACGAAGAAUGCCACUCCUUUUUGAUUCGCUGACAUUCGCCUAACAAAUGACAGUUCACACGUCACAUCCACACCUGUGGCGUCUGUGAUUUCGUCGCAGGGGGCUGCUGUGGCCGUCUACUCACACUAUCCGAUUAGACACAUGUGGCUGCUUUAAGUAUUUUGUCCGCGCUACGAAUCUAAAAUAAGUUUGGACAGCAGGAAUUAAUGGUAACAAUAACUUUGCGACGGCUCUUCUACUGUUACCUGUUGCUGCAUGACCUAGGUAACGAGUAUACGGCACACAGCAAGUUGAAUUUGUUCAGAAAAUCAGUGUGUUUGGAACUCACAAACUACUCGAUUAAGAGGGUCACUUAAAAACACGAUUGUGUGAGAGAAAAAUAGGACAAGCUGACGUACAGCGCUGUGUCUAAAUGUAAGGAUUGGAGAUUACCAAGACAAGUUAAGUUUUACUACAUAGUCUAGUUGUUUGCACAAGUCAGGUCUCUACGACGUAUAUAGGCUGCUUCUAUUUAUCACAAUGUCGGAGUUGUUCAUGCACGAACACAUUUCCGAAGGGCUGUUUUGAAGUCAACGGAUUGACCAACAUUAAGGAAGUAUUUGGUACUGGCAAAGCGGACGACCCUGUUUUCUGACCUUGAAGGUCAUUUAGACAAGUGCUCAAUCGAUCUGGCUGCCAGUUGCCUUUGCCUUCGUCGACUGUACGAAAGCAUGUAUGAACUCAUAAAUACGAUUUGUGUUAGAGGUCAGUGGAAAGGCAUCCUUCCUAAUCUUGGUUGGGCUGCUUCCUAAAUCCUUUCAAUGAUGCAUCGCAACCGUUGCUUGAACAUGUUCGAAAUACCGUCGUCUUUAAGUUGUAGCGGACUUUUACGGUGCCGACUGCUCCAUAAAUGUGUGCAGCAAGGAGUGACUAUAUUUCUGAAUGAAACAGUUUGGAUAACCGUAUUUGGUGAGGUUUGCUUAUGGGUCGGCGAAUUCCGAGUUUACUGUCUCACUUGGAAAAAAUGUUCCUGCUCUUUGAAAGAGCGUGUAGACGAGGUUUCAUUUCAUUAAAUGUCAAUAUUGAUCUUUGAAUGUAUUCUUGUGGAAAACUAGUCGCCUGCUUACAACGUUUUCCAACAUUUCUGUUGUGAAUUUGACUUGCAUGCCCGUUUGUACGUUAGGUAGCCCUUUUGACCGAUUAGACCAUGUGCUUCGAGCUAUCAUUUUGUUGUUUUCUCGUUGAUUUUAUUGAGCAAAUUGAACUUGCUAGGUACGCCGUACUCGUCAUACGUUAUUGUGGGUAUGGCUACUCAGUCGUCAUCCUCUUCUUUCUGACCCCUGUUGAGAGGUUGUUGUUGGUCAAAAACCUGGUUAUUUGCUGUGGAUCAGGGGGUGUGGAGUGGAACGCCAGGGUGCCGGCUCGACCGUGCCUGCGCCCCCUCCCCGCCUCCGGUCUUCUUGACUCUGUCCUGACAGCGAGUCCAGGUGGGUAGUGGGGAGGAGAGUGUGCGGUAGAUGCAGCGCGAGUCCACUAUCACUUUAAACUACUUCACGUACAAGUCACCGUGUUUGCUUCACUUUUCAGUGGAGCACACGGUGGAUAUCGUCAGCAACGACGGCCGAACUGUCGCACGUGUCAUGCAGCGACAGGCAGCAGUCGAUAAGCCGUCGCGUGAAUUUUUCUGCCUACAAUCCGGAAAUAAUCCCGCUGACUUUACUUGGAUGUUUAACGGGGAGGUCAGCAUACCUAACAACCCAACUACAAAGAAAAAACAACAAGGCAGGUGAUCUCGAAACGCCAUGGCUGGCUCCAGCUGCAGCAGUAAGCCAGACACCCUCCGCCGUCUCUUAUUCUGAGAGCGAAGAGAAACGAGGAUAGUUCUGUAAUUGGACCGCAUGUCUCCGAUCUAACUGACCUCCCGUUCUGGUUCGUAAGAUUUUAUGGCCUCCUUCUCACCUAAUCUAGGACUACAUUGAAUUACUAGGGGACUUUUGCUCUAGGUACCGGAGAUUGAGUGAGGAAGCCUGUUCUCUAUGGUUUGACUUGUUUGUCAAAGUCGCACUGGUACAAAUUCUCGCCGCGGCCUCAGCAUCAGUUAGAAGUUAACUUUCGAUCACCCAUGUUUGUGCGAAAUCAUUGAUCCUUCCUCUCCUUGGGUGUUGCUUAAUCUCCGUUGUGCAAGUCGUCAUGGGAAAAUAACUGUUCCAUGUGUGAGGUCAUUCUUAUUUGCUCCUUCAAGCCCACAUAUGCCGGACUUCCAUUGACUGUAUGCUCACUAUUGCCAGAGCGCAGUCUUUUAUUUGACCGCAGAUGGCACAUGAUUGGUGUAAGCUUGAAAGAACACCCUCAUCGCACGCACUGAGUCAUCCAGACCGUCACUUCACCCGGUCCUGAGUCAGUGCUUCGCAUGCACACGUACCCAAACCUGCUAACCGCUCAGCCCCGAUAUGCGAUAAGGGCAUUUCGAGACUCUUGACGCAGUCGCCGUCGAUCAUACGCUCGAGAACGGACGCAAUGAGUUUACAAUCUCCACGUGACCUUGCUCGGUGACCUAUCAUCUCGGCUACUCUACAGAACGGCUGAGCACAUUUUGCCAAAUGGCUGACCGUGCAACCCCGACCAAUCAGAUUACGAUCGUCUCUAAGCCAAUCGGUAUUAUGUUUGGUGUUAGCAGCCAGCAGAACUAGACUUCCGCCGGAAUCUAGCUGUCGACUAGUUAAGCAUUCAGACGCUCGCCCAGCCCUUGAGUGUGUGACUCAUGUCUGGCCCCCAACAAUCAUUGAAACAAACAGCAGAACGCCCUUAAAGAUAGACCCUAAAUUUGGUUGAAUGCGCUAGGUGUCACUAAGAGAAGCGUUCCUUUUUCUCACUUCGAUAGUUGGAGCUAAUUUGUUCAAGUACAUUUAAUAGUGAGACUGUGCAGCAUAUUAAUUUUGCAUGGAAUAGCAGUCGCAGGUCUUACACAUUUUACCAACACAUCAUAUUUUUUCAUUGUUUUUUUUUAAAUUACCGCAGAUGUUUCAUGUUCGACCAUCUAAAGAUAUGUUGUCUUAUAGUCCCUUGGGGUUUUAUCCUCGUUCCGCCUUUCACGUCUAUAACUACGGGACAUAAGAAAAUUGACAAUAGAAUCCAGUUUCCUGUUUGCAGAUAACCUUUUCCACUCUUAGCAGUAAAUGCCCUUUACACUCAUUCAUAGAGUUUUAGACAUAAGGCUUCCAGACCACUUAAAUUAAAUAAGAAUCUGGGCUCUCGUGUAGCUGCCAAUUUUUUCCUUCGCAUAAAUGCCUACUCGAACGCCGCACAUUUAGUUUGAACCAGUCCAUGCUGGCUUGAUUUGCCGCUUUCCAGUUGAACUAUGUAACGUAUAACUUCCUUUACACGCCGCCCGUUGAUCAAAUUGUUUCGAGUCGUUUUUUACCUAGCCGUCUGGAUAAUUUGUCGAAAAUUUUUAUGUUUUCCAAAUUGCAGUGCUCUUUUUCAAAAAAUGUUCCAAUUUUGGCCUGCUUCUUUUUCGCAGCCAGGUGUUAUUGCGAUAGAUAAACUAUCUUCCGACAAAAAACGCAAAUUUUUGUCUGUCUUAGUAGAACCCUAUAGAAACUUAAUUUAAAUCGUAUGUUCAUCAUAGAAAGACUGAACAAGGAUUGAUAUGCGAUUAAAACAACACUCAUAUUAUACAUGGUAAUUGGGAUUUUUUCCUAGCUGAUUUGUUUUGUCUCAUUGCGGCGUUCUCUUUUUCGAUGUUUCGUGGAGAACUCUAAUUUAGCGAUAGCUUUAGGUCGUACGCCUCCUUUUGUGACGAAAAAUAGGUCCUGACUUCUUAGGAGUAAGAUUGAGACUAAGAAUGCUGCGUUUUCUGGCUAUUAUGCCCAGACUCGAACGCAUCAACCUUUUUCGCAAUAUAGAAGACUGAAAGUCUGUACUAUUGGCACACGUGUGUGACAUUCGUUAGACUCAGGCUUUACGCCACAUCGACAGUCGAACUGACGCGGACUUCUUGCUGGUUUAGGAGGAGGAGGAAGAUUUAUUAAUAUCACGUUCCAACUCAGAUCUACCAUUUAGUUGCCUCACUGUAAACAACCAGCACGCUUUGAGACCGCUACGACGCACUACCGUAGUAGCUUUAAAUAUUGCCAACUAGUGGGAUGACCCGGUCCUAAUAAGGGUGAAUGCUAGGCUGCAAGGACUUUUCAGUGUCGCCUUGAUGGCACUCUCACUUGUAUUAGACCCGACACCCCCUUGCUGAGGCCUACUACAUAUGGACUUAAAGCAAACUUCGUGUGUGGUACGCUUUAAGGUGACUUACUUAUCAACCACCGAGCACACGCCCAUCUCCUAUCACCUUAACCGUUUCAUGCCCUUUUAAUAUUAAUCGUACAGACAAAGGGAGUGAGGUGAAUGACGCACGAGUCUGCUCCACACGCAAGUUUCCCCUGAAUCUGCCUUGUGGGGCAGUGGUGCACGUCAUUCGCUACAGACGGAUCUAUUAUCUAUCGGGGGAAGGACAUUUACCGACCAGGUUACGGAAUAUGUUCGUACCGUUGCGCCUCGGGGCUCAGUCUGUAGGCCCCGCAGGCACAGUAGGUGGGCUAACUCGCGAAAUGUCAACCGAAAUUCUGAAAUGCGUUUUCGUUUCGGAAAAAAUUAAUUAAGAAGGGUUGUAAAACUAAUCAUCAUGCAGCAUAAUUCUAUAAUAAUUCAGUUAUCUCAGAUUGCCGGCUUUCGGAAGAACCACUUUUCGGCUGCAUACAAAAACUGUCUUCUGUAGAAAAUGACUACUUAAGUAUCAUGCAUUUUUCUCAUUGAUUUUCGAUGUCCUUACAAAUGCAAUUAUAGUUCGUGGAAAACAUGCAUGAAAAUAUUCAUUUUUUCGCUCCUUCAGUAGGAAAUUACAUCUUCCAAUUUUAUACUCGAAGAAGAAACAUAAUUCGGUCUUAAAAGAUUUCUAAUCGUGGGACUUUUAAAUACCGUGAAAUAGCCGUUCAUAAAUCGUCACGUCUCUGCAUUUCCUAAUGUCGUUUGUAAAGUUAACAAUAUGGCUCAAAUCCACUGCUAAAUUUUAUGAACCCCAUAUGAUCUCCUCCUAAUACCGUAGAGAAAUGUAUGCUUUUCCGUACACGGAAAAUAUACAGCUCGUAGUUUGGAAACCCUGAUUGCAAGUGUAACGGCAGAUCAGGUUCGAACUUAUUCGCGAAUUGGAAAAGUUUUUGAAAACCGAAUUAUACCCUCCGUUUGGGUGUUAAGUUGAAAGAAGGCGUCAUUUUCUACCGAAUGGGCAAGAAAGUGAGUAUUUUUAUGCAUGUUUUCCAUGAAAUACAAUUGAAUGCUUGAGGACAUCGAAAAUCAAUGAGAAAAGUGCAUGGUACUUCGGUGGUCAUUUUUUAAAGAUUAUGAGUUUUGCAUGCAGCCAGAAAGGCGUUCAUUCGAACGCCGGUAUCUUGAGGUAAUUGAAUUAUAAUGGAACUACGUUACACGAUGAUUAGUUUUACAACCCUGCUAAAUUAAUCUUUUCGAAACCAAAACACAUUUCGUAAUUUCGGUCGACAUUUCAUGAGUUAGCCCAUCUACUGUAAGUUCGCGCCGUAGCUCAAUGGUAAAACGUGAACUUACUACCGUUCAAUGACCGAAAAUUCCGGGUUGGAGUCCUUCCUGCUCCGCAUCUAGGGUUGGGUUUGACUGGCCGACGAUGACUAUUAAGUUGGAAACGGUCGUACUGAUCUGCCUUAUCUUGGUCUGUUCUCCUGCUUCUGUGAUAGGAAUUCAUUAUGUUUAAGUUGGCACAAGUCCUUACUACGGAAGUAUUUCCAAAAUAUAAAGUAACCUAAAUGACUGCGUGAAGACGCAACUACUCCUCAAAACUUCGUACUUUCGAACGAGCAGUUUUAGCCAAUAUGCUUUCAUGGUAAUCCCCUAUUAUUAGUCUUACCGCCUGAAAAAAAAAUCAGUUGGAGUCCUGAAAAAUAGAGCAACCCGGACUCAUGUGUCCUUCCUCCGCGACGUGUCGUUUCUUCCCCCAGCCAAAAAAUUCAUUGGGUCUGACAGUGUUGCUGCUGUAUGCAUUGUCAUAACCCCACGUCACCGCUAUCGAUGGAGACGCUUGCAUUUAGCACGACGUGAUAAACCUUGCGGGCUGGAAGGCUGCCAAUUGGCGGUGCAGUCAGCUCUGUGUGUGUGUUUGUGCGCCGUGACUGACUGAAACGCAAGUGGCUCCACUUUUGGUGGUAGCGUCCCCGCAUCAGCUGGUACUAUCGUCAGAAAAUUUUCAGACUAAAAUGCAACUCGGCACGUUUCUUCUAAACGCAGCCGGUAGAACGCGACACCGCGUCUGCUGCAAUUAGACUGCACUUCCGGACAAUAGGCUGCCUAAACAAUUCCACGAUUUUGAACCUGUCGUUGUGAGCCCUGCAUAUCAGGUAGUCCAAAGAGAAGGAAUCAAAUGGGUUAAGAUGAGGGGGCCUAGGUGACUACUCAUUCCAAUCAAUCCCUCACCCACCGAUGACCUUUUUCGGGGCAAUAGCGCACGACACAAUCAUGAUAUGGAGCGGCCCGGUCAUAUUCAAACCAGAUGUGGUCGCCUAUUUUAAGACCCUCAAAUGCAGGAAUUACUCGUUCUCGUAUCACUUGGCGCUAGCACUGCUCUAACUGUGAGAUGAGUUAUCAACUCACGUUAAAAGUUCUAACUGAACAAAUAGACCAACUCAAAUCAUGAUCUUCGAAUCAUUCCACCGUUGAAAUGAACCAAAAGGACGCCGGCUGCUGGUAGCCAAAAAGUGAUUUUCAUACGUGCGUUCAGACAGGAUAUGACUUCGCCGGGGAAAAGAUUCCUGCGUUUAUCCCUCCGAUAGAAAUGACGGACACCAUUCCUCUCACAGCAGCUCAGGCAACCGAGCAGCACAGAAUGUUCAUAAAAGUAUUUCCAUAAUAUUCUGUGGAUGGCCAAAAUAUUCAUUCACAAAAAUCCCGGUCUGAGACUAUAGACUUUGAAUAAACUGAUCGACUCCAAGUUCGUAGUUGAUUUCUGAGGAAAUAAAACGGCGACAAUUUCUAAAUUGGAUUAUCUACCAUAAAACAGACGGGAAAUGCUGGAUGACCCACUGACGAGCCGAACUCCUCGCAGCUGCGCCAUGCAGCGGCAGCAUAUUGGGGAAACACGCGUGUAUGGGUUUUUGGCUAGCGCCUGCGUUGUUAAUAUGGUAUCACCUUACCCUAAAGCCUGUCGGCAGCCAAUGAAUAUUACGCGGUUACCCGCUGUGGCUGAUGGACUUCGGUCCAAAUAUUCAUGAAAAAAAAAUCUCGGUCUGGACCUGUAGACCUGGCAUAAGCUGAUAUACUCCAAGUUUAUUGUUACUUUCUGAGGAAAUAAAAAAGCGACUACUGAAGAUAUUGCAUUCUCGAACAAGCCACGAAGCUCUCUUUUUAAACUGCUCGUAUUUUCAGCGCAGCAUCGCAAACAUUCACGCCAUCACUGGCUAAAUAAGUCAUGAAAACUGCCUUUUUUCAACCAAAUCUCACCUAGCUUCGAACUGAAUUGCGAAUGACAGACUGCCUGCCCCGAGUGUCUGGAAUGGAAGCCGUGUGUGAUUUUAUCUGUGUUUCAAACACAUUACACUGUAAGAACUGCCAGCUCAACCUUCUCGUGAAUGGCUGACUUCGUCGCGUUUGACUCCUCUGCUAGUAUAUCGCUCAUGUGCUUUUUUCGUCUCCAUUUCGGUCGGCCGAACAAAUUCUACGAUCAUGCAAGACACUGAAAACUGGCUAAGUGAGUGUGACUGAUGCUAAACACCGUCCCCCUUCCUUAUCGAUCCACGUACCCACGAUGCGGUACCGCCGUUGACCAGGCUUAAAAACUCGCUUGGUGGGCAGACAUUGGCCGAGAGAACUAGGGCGCAUGCUUGCACACAUGGACGCUUGGUGCGUGCACUCAGCCGAUGGCUUAUCGGACAUAAAGUAAGGGAAGUUCAAACACACUGUUAUCACAAUACCUUGAAAAUCGCGUCUCGAACAGCUGUCAGCGAGAAGGGGGGAGGCGGUAACUUGGUCUGCAGAAGAAUGCGCCAAUUUGCACAGGCUCUUGUUGCGGUCCCUCCAUACCAGACGAGGGGAAGUCCGGUUCGCGUCCUUCAAACAAUCCACGCGGUAGACGGGGGGAGGCGAGUGCCUCGUCUGCCAGUACACCCAGUCUAUCUUUGAUUUUGCGCAGAAGGCGUGAGGUCUCUGCUUCGGGAGCCCUCCUCGAUGCAAUCUAUUCAUGUGCAAGUCAGUACUUCCUCCUCCGGGGUCUUGCUGCAUCUCGUGAGUUCGGCGGUGGGACCAUCCUCAUCCAUCCACUCGCCCGGACAUGCGUGCAUGUACGCCUAUUGCUGUAUCAUGAUGUUAUGACCCGGUCUGGUACGUAAAAUUCACGUGCAGCGUAUGCGUACCCUACUCUUGUCCCCAAUACUAACGCGGCAGAGAAAGAGAACGCGACAGGCCACGAAAAAGUGUAUUAGGAGACUGCAAGUCAAGUCUAACUGGGAAAAUAACGCGUAUUUAUAACAUCCUACUGGGAUUCGCCUUCAUUCGGCCCAAUGCACUUCGGGAAGAAAAUUCUAGGCGAGUUGAUCGAUAACUCGCAUACACGGAUCGAUCAGGCCCGAGGGAGCAGCCAACGGCGAGGCGGCACGAUCGUGCUGAGAACGCGCAGAGGAAAGCACGCGUGGCCUUCAGUGAUUGGCUGACUCUUGUUUUUGGGUGUCGGCACUCCCAAUACAUGCCACCCCGACCCUGAUCGAAAAUAACUUCGACACACUGCUUUUUUCGCUGAAAGUUUUCGAAACUCGCCUUUCUCACAACUUGUCACUGGUUCAUAAUCUUUGCGUCGUGUACGCUAAGUACAGUUGUUUUUAUUUUGUGCCCAAUAAGUAGGACCUUCUCCUCCUCUAAAGACAUCUUUUUUGUGGUUCCUUGUCCUGAACGUAGCAUCAAGUCAUUUUAACUUACUGUAAAAUAAAGUAUACGGGUUCUUAUCUUCAUCUGAGCUGGGCUGCCUUGCCUGAAACUGUGUCUGCUAUGCUAAUCGUCUUUGUACUUUUCCCGAACUUAAUUUAUCUUUUCUUGCAGAUGGUCUUCGCAUCGCCAAAGCCAACAGUAUCGAACUUCUCCUCUCCUCCAAUUUCACAAUCGAAAUAAACGACCAGAAGUACCCAGUGGACAUCUCCAGUCUGGGUGAGUUGGCACAACUGUUGUUUGGUGUCUUCUUUAAAAAACGGCGGGUUUGUUUAUACUGACCUGUUUCAUCAACACAGUUGGCAUACAUUCUGCCCGGGCUUAUUUAUUUCCUGUUAUUUUUGUUCAUAUGACCUGCUGUUGGCUGCUUCCUGACUUUUCUAUGUGGGGAAGGUUUUCUCUUCAUACCGAUGCAGCGGGCUAUUGGGAGUUUUGAUAAAGCUACUUCACUUGGCCUAUCAUUAGAACUGUAUUUUUAAUUCUCCCCAGCCUGCGUUUGCCGGUCCUUGAAGACAUUUUGCUUCCCAACUUCAAGUAAUUACUACUGAGCAGCUUUCUUGCACCUCUCUGCCAGUAUUAUUAAACGGAAGCAGAUUUUAAAAGCCAAACCAGGAGUAAUUUUUGGUUUGCAAAAACAAAUUUUACUCCGGAUCUGGACCUCUGUUGUGAGUUGAUCACUUUCCAGCGCUGGAGAUGUGUGAACGAUAAGACUCAUUACUACUGUCUGCCAAUAUUUUAUCCUGUAUCCUUAUCAGUGUGCGGUAAGGCCCGGUUAUAAGUGCCCUCCUUCCCCCUGCGGCCUUGCACUAACUUCCAGACUUGGUCAGGAGAAUUAGGCGGGCUGGUAUCCGGGUUGCCGUCGGCACUUGGAUGAGGGUUGAAGUUGAGACACGGAAAAAAGUAUCCCUUGAAUUUAUCUCAAGGUGUCCCACAGAAAUGCAUGUACAUUUUCCCGGCUGAUAACUGUAUUGGUGCUUCUUUCUUUGAUGUAGCACAUCCCUCCACGGCCAUCGUGGUGUGAGCUCUUACCUUGAUGGGAUCUUGUUACACAAGUGAAUUAGACGAGGCGUUUCGCGCAAUACCCACCACGUCCGUCAGACCUUGCAUCUCUAGACUUUUUGCGCGGGACAAAACCGCCAUAUUCGCUAAAUUGAGAGUAAUUGUUAAAAAACAGGAAUACUCUCGGAUACCACACAAAAGGUUUCCUGGUGUUUGCGUUUCCAUCGCUCCGCGUUACGGUAUCAUCAGUGCCUGGACCACAGCGGGCAGCUUUUGGAAAACAGGCGUCAUAAAAGCAAUUAAGCGUUGUAGGCGGUUCUUCUUUUGGAACAUGGAGUGUAUCUUAACGACACUGGUUCUAUAAUCAUUCAAGGUAAUUGUGCAUUUUUAGGUCGCAUUGCAUGCGAAUUAACUCAAGCUCUAAGGUGUGUAGGUUUGCCGCCUAGAUUUUUCGAUUCCAAAGUAAGUCGGUCGACCGAAACUGAGAACCGGUAGCUACGAUUUCUGGGCCGCUUUCGGUCAGCAGACAGCACUUCCUCGGUUUCUGGUCAGAAGGACCUUUUCUCUACAGUCAGAUCAAAAAGCUCAGGUUUAUUUCCACUGGGUUUUAAAUCUCCCCGAUUGAAACGCCUUACCACAGUGUUGCAGCACGGGGCAUCUGAACAGCCGACCAGGUUUAAUAAGUUUUAAGACUUAUUACCGGUCAGGUGGGUUCUGCUCUAAACGGGUUACAGUUUUUUCCCUGGUUACUCACUCCCUCAGCGCCCUUUUUCGCAUGGUGCUGCCCAUCCCGGACCACGUUUCUCGCUGUUCGCUAUGCAGAUCAUGCCUGCCUCACCGAAUUUUGCCCCACAGUGCACGACCUAAAGAUGACCUUUAAGGUUGCUGUGCGAAUCUGGUGGACUAAUAUGCUUCUGUGCUUUCGCCUCGACACAGCUCCUGCUGUUUCGCUGAAUGCUCGUUCUCUGGGUGGAAGAAGUAACCAUUCCGCCGUAUGCAUCUGUUUGACCUCUUAGGGUUACCAAACAGACCAGGGGGCCGUUUAAGGAAGGAAAGCCUGAGGACCUCAUCCUGCCGCAGGUGCCUUUACACGAUAAUAACUAUUAUAAUCGAGAUAGUGUUAUUAGCACUACUAGUAGUGCUAGUAAAAGUAAUAGUAGCAGUAAUAGCGGUAGUAAUCGUAGUAAUGAGCGUAUUAGUAGCACUGGUGGCAUCAGCAGUGGCGGUAGUGGUGCUAGCAAUGGUAGUAGUUGUAGCAGUAGUAGUUGUUGUUGUAGCAGUAGUAGUAGAAGUAUUAGUGGUGGUAGUAGUAGUAGUAGUAGUAGUAGUAGUAGUAGUAGUAGUAGUAGCAGUAGUAGCAGCAGUAGCAGUAGUUGUUGUUGCAGCAGUAGUAGUAGUAGUAGUAGUAGUAAUAGUAGUAGUAGUAGUAGUAGUAGUAGUAGUAGUAGUAGCAGUAGUAGAAGUAUUAGUGGUAGUAAUGGUGGUGGUGGUGGUAGUAGUAGUAGUAGUAGUAGCAGCAGCAGCAGCAGCAGCUUACAAUUGCAUCACGGUCCAUAACCUGUCCGACCCUUGUGUCGAGAUGUUAAGUAAAGUUUGCGACAGCAUUCAUCACUUUAAACGCUGCGUGACAGUAAUCAUUACCGACAGCUGACGUGGACAUUUGGUGGGGCGGCUAUCAGAACCACUGAAAGUCAUUACAUCAGUGAGUACGGGCACCGUCGAAGGUGACUGCAGCCGUUUGCGCAUUCGCUCAUGCGUGCUUAGAGGAAUUGCAUGCAAGCCUUACAGUUGACAUGGUUAAAAACUUCACGAUCUGACAUCUCUGGACUGAAAUAUUUCCAGAAACAACUAUCACACAACAAUCCGCAUUCCUUUUCUCUCUUCCAUUGUGGCAUGCAUUAACCCAAUGGGUUGAUUGCUUUUGUUGUCAUCCUCCUCUCUGUAUAAAUUUUUGAUGUAGUUGUACCUCUUCUAUGUCAAAUUCUUUUAAAAAUGUGUAUACUCGCUAAACUUUUUUCGGCAGCUUCACGACAUUUUGCCGCCUUUUUCCCUUCUGUCUUUGGAGUUUGUUUUCAGGCAACAUAGUAGUUCAUCUGGUAGUUUCACUGAAUAAGAUGUAAUUAACUUCUAGUCGAUAAGUCUUGUCUCGAGAAUAUCACAUUUUCAGAAGAGAUAGUGGCGAGUGAACGUUCCUUUCGUUAAAUGCUCAUCAGGCCAAUACAGUUACAUAGGGCGGGGUACAGUCUUGAGAAUUUCACAUUUCCAAGCACUUGAAGUUAGCUUCUCCUUGAGAUGCUAUCACACGGACCCUCUUGUUGCAUGUACGGCUUCGCGUCUUUGGUUAUUUGUGUGGAAGUUAAUUCCACCCCUUGGUUUACUUCAAUACCACCGUCAGGUUUGUUGUCUGCCGGUGUUUCAGAUGUUGGUGGCUAGAAACUGGGUGGAUCGCUUAAUUUUUUAGUGGCCUCAUGCGUUUCGGAUGACUGCUAGUUUACUGUCUGUUAUUUCGAAGUCUACAGUUUGAAAGUCGUUGUGCCCUAAUAUCUGUCCUGUUUAAUUCGGGCCACAGUCGCACCGAACACUCUUAUCCUUGCUUCUUUCCCGUCCAAGACCUCCCCAAGGAUGUCAGUGCAUCAGAAAUUAAUCACAUCCGCACUCUUAUUGGCCAACUGAAUUGUGCGCUCAAUGCGGACGAUGUGUAUGCUGAGAGAGAACGGGAAUUGAGGAGACGCAUCGACGAUGUCACAAUGCAGCUGGAACCCUUUGAGCAGGUAGCCAUUUUCUACCUAUGGUUAAUUACCGCUUUCAUGUAAAGAUGCGACCGUUUAGCCUUUCCGCAAGGCGUAAGAACGGCUGUUGUGAUUGCAGGCGAAUGUAGAGUUUGGCCAACUGUGAAAUGUGGCAGCUUACCUUUCGGUCUUCCGCUCUUGUGGCUAACCGUCCAUGAAUGCGUGUUCGUUUGGAUAGAAUCGAAGGACAAUAGAUGGCAUAUCUCAGAAAACUCUGUAAUGCGCUUUUGUGUAAAAAAGAUGUGCGUGGGUCGGGGUUCCGACAUUGAUUAUUGUACAGCAUAGUCUCAGGGUAUUUUAGUUACGUCAAGCUUCUGACUUUUGAAUGCGCUUUUUCCUUGCCGCUUGCAAAACGACUACUUAAGCAGUUUCCAUUUUUGACGUCGAUUUUCAAUGCCCAUAUUAAUGCCAAACAUGCAUAAAAUAUCCUUUCUUGCAUACAUUUCGUAGAAAAUUUUGUUUUCUUUAAAUUUCGAACUCGAAGAGCCGGCAUCUUUUAAGUUUAAAUAGUGUUUCAAUUCCUAAAUAAUUUUGAAUUCGACGUGUCGUUUAUCUUGCGCUUCGGGUUUCCAAAGUACAUUCCUCCCUGUUAUUAAAUUACGCUAUAUAGUUCUUGGAAAAUAGUUCGGUGGAUUUGGACUACGUCAUGUAUUUUAUAACGGAUAGAUACGAUGCUAUUUGAAUGCAGAUGUUACUGUCUUAGAAAAAUCGCGCAAUGGCAAGCUUUUUCAACCCGAAAGGUUCCCUUCAUGUGCGUAUAAAACUUACGGAAAGUGUCAUUUCCCACUAAAUGAGUCCAAAAGAGAACACUUUUGUGCAUACUUUCUAUAAGAUGUGCUUUUAUCUGCAGGAACGUGGAUAUUUUUUGGAAAGUUCACACUACUUAGGCAGCCGGUUUUUACAGAGGCCGGAAAAUAAGGGCACUUAAUCGGUGGAACCGAAAUAUCUUGGGAUUGUGAUGCUAUAUGUCAAUCCAUAUGGCAACCUCGCCCAAGUAUUCCCUUCUAACGCGUUCCUCUACAGUCACACCUAGAUUAAAAAUUGAAUUUCUGCAAACGUAAACCCUGUCGCCAUGUGUCAUCAUCCCAUGUGGAACAGCCGUGUAGAUUUAUCGCAUCUGGUUUCGUUUUUUUUUUAUCUCAGCCUGCACAUCGGCAGGCUCCCGCACUAGAGACUUCCACACCCACCGUUUCCACUGCGUUAGACUGAUAUAUGCAGUAGGUGGGCUAGCUCGUGAAAUGUCAACCGGAAUUCCAAAAUGCGUUUUCGUUCCGAAAAGAUUAAUUAAGUUGGGCUGUAAAACUAAUCAUCGUGCAGCCCAAUUCUUUAAUAAUUCAGUUACCUCAGGAUGCCGGCUUUCGAACGAAAUUUUUUCCGCCUGCAUUUAAAAACGAUUGUCUGUAAAAAAACGACUACUUAAGUAGCAUGCAUUUUUCUUAUUUGUAUUCGAUGCCCUUAAAAAUUCAAUUUUAUUUCAUGCAAAACAUGCUUAAAAAUAUUAAUUAUCUUGCUCAUUCGGCAGAAAAUGACGUCUUCUUUCCUCACCUGAGGGAAGGGUAUAACUCGGUUUUUAUAAACUCUUCCACUUCCUGAAUAAUUUUGAACCCCGACCUGCCGUUACACCUGCAUUCAGGGUUUCCAAACUAAAAGUCGUAUAUUUUCCUCGUACCUAAAACUAUACAUUUCUCUACGGUGUUGAGAGGUGACCAUAUGGGGUUCAUAAAACCUGGCAGUGAAUUUGGGCCAUAUUGUAAACUCUACAAGCCGCAUUGGUAAAUGCAGAGACAUGGAGUUUUAUGAACGACCAUUUCACGGUAUUAAAAAUCUCGCAGUUAGGAACUUUUUUAAAACCGAAUAAUACCCUUCUUUCGAGUAUAAAGUUGGAAAAAGACGUAAUUUCCAACCGAAUGAUCAAAAGGACGAAUAUUUUUAUACAUGUUUUCCAUGAAAUAUAAUUGAAUCUCUAAGGGAAUCGAAAGUCAAUGAGAAAAAUUCAUACUACUUAAGUAGUCGUUCUAUACGGAGUAUAGUUUCUGAAUGCAGCCGGAAAGGAAUUCGUUUGAAAGCCGGCAUUUUGGAGUAACGGAAUUAUUGUAGAAGUAUGCUGCAGGAUUAUUAGUUUCACAACACUACUUAAUUAAUCUUUACGGAACGAAAACGCAUUUCGGUUGACAUUUCGUGAGUUAGCCCACCUACUGUUUAUCAUUUCGAAGGUUCGAGUGUCGCCUAUGUCGCUGACCAGUGUUCACGCCUAAGCAAUGGUCUGCCACAAAUUUCCCAGUCAUGUACGUGUCAAAGCUAGCAGUAGAAUCCGGCUAUGGCGUUUUUUUUGCCGAUUGCUGUAUUCUUUUCUGCACCGAUCGUAAGGCGACGGCUGCUAUUUCACUCCGAUCCUCCCCCAAGCUGCACCCUGACCACGCAUUUCGUCCGAUUCCAGGGUGGCUGGCGCGUACAACGCUGCGCACAUGCGCAGCACAUUUUCCAUCACAGCUGUUUGCGCGCCUCUAGGCGGCAGACAGGCAUAGCUUUGUGUAGUUUUCUUUCAACUGCCUCUCUUCUGGCCGUGUCUGUCGCGAACUCGGUCGGCGAAAAAGAGCUUAGCACUGAAUUAUCUCGACCAAUCAAACUAGCGGUGCUCCCGCCAGUCGUCUGUGUUCUAAAUCCGGAAUGACAGGACCCCUCCCUCCUCCCUCCGGGCGUGUUCAUUCGGCGUCUCCACUGAUAGGGGGAACAGGAAAGACCUACAACGGAGGCUGGAAAAAAAGCCAGCAGACUAUCGAAUCUAACGAGGCAGAGCGCAGAAACGGGUGGUUUCCGUAUUACAAGUGGAUUUGUGCUAGAGAGAGAGAGAGAGAGAGAGAGAGAGAGAGGGAGAGAGAGAGAGAGAGAGAGGCGUUAGGGUUGAUGUUAGGAUUAGUGUUAGGGCAAAAUUAGAAAACGGAAUUUAACGCAGGAGGUGCCUAUUCCAGUGUUCAACUUCUGAGUACUAGCAGCCAGCGGUGUUACUGUCAACCGUGCUUGGCCACUGGUCUAGGGAAAGCGGUCCUUUACACAAAAGGACCGCAACAUGCUGCUGUUUGGCGAAAUCUCGGGACGUUAAACCGCAAGCGUAAAGACUAACCAUAAGCCUCAAAACCGAAGCGUAACCAAAAUCAUAGAAUUUAACGCUAACCCAGAACCUAGCCAUAAUCCUAACCUUGACCCUAACCCUAACGGGAGUCUAAACCCUAACCCUAACACUAGAACCUGGCCCUAAAGGGCGAGCCCCAAUCAUAAAACUUAACCUACGCCUAACCCUAACCCUCACUAUACACAACAGCCUGACCGAAACGGGCGACCUGCCUAACUCCGUAAGAGCACACCUACCGAUAACAAGUUCCCUAGACAAGCUAAGCACACCUACUGAUAACAAGUUCGUACGUCGACACUAUCAACGUAUAAUUUCUGGCUACCAACUGCGAUCUUACCAAUUUGCGUUCCAGGUGGGCGGAUGGAGAGAUACACAGUGUAAUCCGUGAACUGCAGAGAGCCAUGCCUUCGCCAAUCCGUCCCACUCAGCUGCUGUCUGGUGCAUCACUCCUUAACCGAUUUUUUUUGCCCUGAGGGGGCCAAUAGUGCUGAAAGGAGCUCUCUUCCACCUAACAACGACAAGGGGGGCAUGGUCCAGAGGACUCAUAAAACUGCAAUCAACUAGGGAAGACAUAUAUCCGCCCCACUUCCCGCUUCAAGCAUGCGAACUUAUUCUAGGAGCCAACUCUAUUUGUGCAGACAAUCGCCCUUGGCGAUCCCCGAGGCCCUUGUUGGCCUGACUAUCGGUUGCGCUCGUGUUGGCACCUCUCAACCGGCCUGAAUCACUGACGUGAUGGCGCAACUCAUCAGACGUAGUGCACGCAGUUGAGGAUAGCGAUCGACGUGUGCGCGCCUGCAAAUUGUGCCCAUCAGUCCUACUCCUAUUUUGUGUCCUACUUAACGGCAACGUUUGUUGACUGCACAUACACAUCCCGGAGGGUAGUGAAGUUUGCGCGUUAACUGUGCAGCUCUACAAUUGUGAAAUUCGCCCUUUUUGCUUGGGCUGGGCCAUGGCGUUGAACAAAUAUUUGCUGCACAUGAUGUCUCUGCCUUCCCCAUUUCUGCUCUCUUUCCUCGUUUGCUCUCUCUCGGGCUUGACUGUUUUAGGAAAGACCCACUUUUCUUCUUGAGGAAUUGUACUGUAAGGGCUUUUCUCUCCGACAUGAUUAGACAACGUUCAUGUUGCUCUAAUUGUUGCCUACCAAAUCACUGUUUUCAACCGAAUCAAGGCGCGGAUAGUGGUCGCAGACUCGCUCUCCUUCUCGGAUAUCUCGAUGCCAAACUGCCGAUUGUAUUAAUGAUCAGAAGAAGAGUAAGAAGCGAUCUCUGGAACAAGGGCGAAUAAAGCCCUUGUUCCAGCGAUCGUUUCCUCUUUUUCUGAUCAACUAGUUCCUGGAACUCGCAUCUUCGCUUGUAUCUGUAUUAAUGAUCCCUACAGCGCUUUGCGGGCUAUACCUUCGUCUUGCGUUAACAUAAUUCCGCACUUAUUUUGCUUGCUGAAUUUUACCUGACAGAAGAAUCCCAUUGGGCCGAAGUUGUUAUAUGUCGAGGCGGAAUGAUGCAUGCCUUAACACGGCUACCAGCACGUUGACUUCUAUUUUGGAACUUCUAGGGGCGGCUCAACCAUUGGCACUGCCACACCCCAUCUCUUUUGUCAAUUCGCUACUAGCCGUCCAUAGCCCUCCUCGUUGCCAGAGCUUUGUGCGCAAGUCCUGAGCUUUUAAGCGAACAGUAGCUGGUCUAUCUCCUGAAAUGUCGACCCAAGUGCCGUAAUGUGUUUUCGACCAGAAAUGAUUAAUUAGAGGAGAUUGUAAUAUUAAUAAUCGUGCAUUAUAAUCCCCAGAUAUUUCAGUCACACUAGGAUGUCUCCUCUUGAAGGAUCUUGCAUCCGAUCGCCAGUAAACCCCACACUCAGUAAAAAAAGUGACUAUUUAAACAGGUUUGCAUUUUUUCAUAUUGAUUUUCGAUGUCCUCAUAAAUUCAAACAUAGUUUAUAGAAUGGAAGAGAAUAUGCGCAUCCCAGAUCACUGGGUUGGCAGAUUUACUGGCUUUAGCUUUCGAACUCGAACUGGAGUUCGUCACCAGAGACUGCUAGAGUGCAGCAACGUGUGAACAUUUAUAUCCUUGUGUCGUGUGGGGAGGGAACUACGUCCGUGGCUAAGUCUGGUUUGUGCCGCCUGGUCCACAAUGGUCCCCCGGCGUGGUCACGCCGUUUGUCUAUUUAUAGAGUUGAUGUCGACACAUUGAUUUGCCUGCGUGUUAUCACGCGCUCCGCCCACUCAGUCAGGUGGCGCAGCACACAUCGCCGCGAAGUACAAACGGCGUCACCACGCCGGGGGACCAUUAUGGACCAGGCGGCACAAACCAGGCCUAGCCACGGACGUUGUUCCCCCCCCCCACACGACACAACGAUAUAAAUGUUCACACGUUGCUGCAUUCUAGCAGUCCCUGAUGGUGAACUCCGGUUCGAGUUCGAAAGCUAGGGCCAAUAAUUCUACCGUCCCAGUGAUCGUGUCUUCGUCUUCUUUUAAAUAUUUGGUUAGAUGGUAGUUGGUAGCCCUCCCAGUACCGAAAAUUCCCAGCUACCUGACUUACGGGACCGGUGGUAAUAGGGGCUAUACGGGUGGGGCAAAUGAGUGGAGGCGUAAAUGGCGCUUGUAGGGAAUGCCUAGAAUUGACGAUCCUGAUAAAGUGGAAACCUAAUUUAUAUAAGGUGAAAAAUGCGAGGAAGGUAAGCACUUCGGGUCUGACUGACGUAUGAGACGCCUUGCUGUUGUAGUCUGAACCCAAGAGGUAGUAAGUGCGCCCAGUUCAAACCCAGCAAUGUCGAAGCGCCCGGGGGAUGCCGUAGUGCCUUAAACUGGAAGUGCAGGAAAGGAUCGCUAACUGGCCAUGGCGGUGUUUACAAGGCGUCACAGUUUUAAGCCAAACCCCUGCGACCAAAUACAACCGGGCUGUUCGUAAAGGCGGGGGUGGAGGGCAACACUCUGUCAAUACGACUGAUGCAGUGGAUGGAGUAUCGGUAGACACCCUAACUGAGCGUCGGUUGUCCUUUCGUACACGAUCGCACCGGACUCUACUGGAGGUCUGGAGUAAAAAGACCCGAGGAUGCAGGCAAACUGACGAAACGGAAAUCCGCGCCAAUCCGCCUAGGAUAGUACCUAUGCAAUUAAUCUGAUGCAGGUAAUACUGUGCGCACAUGCAACUAGAAGCAUAAUGGGAAGCAUGAUGAAUCAUAAUCUGUUUAGGAUAAAUCUCUCGCCUUUUAUUAAAGAUUUCCGUGUGGGGGCGCAAUACAAUGAGUCUAUAUAGACAGUCUUGCAGCGCCUCGUUCUCGGGGCGGUUAAAGUGAAGAAGAAAGUCAUCCUGACAGGGCCUCUGUGCGUGCACCCCCCCAGACAUACUGAGAACGUUAUCACAGAUACCGAAAUCGUGCCAGUAGGUACAAUUGUAGAAUCAGUGGGCAGGGCUACCAACUACCAUCCUGCCAAAUAUUUUAUAGAAAACAUGAGUAAAGACAUAUCUUCUUGCACUCAUGUGGUAGCAAAUUGCUUCUUCAAACUUCACAUUUGAAAAGGGGUGUCUUCUGGUUUAAAAAAACGUUUUUUUCAUCUCCACAAUACUUUUUAACCCGACGUGCGGUUGAACUAGAGCUUAGGAUCUUUAGACACCAUGCCGUAUGCUUUCCGUGCAGGGAGAGUCAUGCACAUAUUUACGCUUUAAGGAGAAGGUCAUAUAGAAAUCAUAAAAUUUUGCUAUAGAUGCGUACCAUAUCGUGUACGUCAUAAGUGGCAUUGAUAAACGGACAGGUACUAUGCUGUAUGGAUGGACAUUUCGCUAUAAUUACAAACUUUUUCUAAACCGAAGGAUAUCCCUCAUGCUUAAAGAAGACGUGAUUUAUUGGUGUUUGUGGAAAAUCUGAAUAAUUGCUUUGACGCAAUUGUAUAAAACAUUGCGGCUUUGGUGCGAUUUGGACCGACGCAAGCAGAGGCUCGAGUACAGUCAACGUUCUAGCCACCUGAGCUACGAGGCUUCAUCGGGAGUCGUGAGUCUAAUCACCUUUUGGUCAAGUAACCCGUCCAGCUUACCGCAACUUCUUAAAUCCACCAAUUUUAUAUAGUAAGCUGACUGCAAACAGGAUUUCCUAAGUAGCUCAUCUAGAAUGAACCAGAUGACCACCAGGCUUACCUAAUUAUUUGGUGUUUUUGGCUCAUUGGAACAAUGCCAUUGACCAAAUUCUGCUACCAAAUGACUACAAAGAAGCAUAUCAUUUUGCAUUUUUAUUAUAAAAUAUAUUUGAAUUUGUAGGGGCGUCGAGAACCCACGGGGAGAAAUACAUACAAUUAAAGCAGUAAUUUUUACCGGAGCUUACAUUUUGCGGGCGGCCGGAAAGGAGCUCAUGCAAAAGAAGGCAUUUUGGCGUAACUGAAGUAUCUUGGAAUAUGCAGCCCCAACUAAGUUCUCCUUUCUAGUCGAAAACACCUUUCAGAAUUUCGGUUAACAUUUCCCGAAAUAGGCCACACUGCUCUGGCAGACCUUUUACAUUUUAUGAAUUGACAUUCGCACGGAGUGCCUUACCGCACCACUCCAAAAUCUCUUUUGGCACUCACAAAGCUGUACUCUGUGUGCAAUAGCCACUCCCCCGCCCUUCGGCUCGAAAACAGGUGUGCGUGGGUAGCCGUUUUGUCUCUCCAACACCGGUUAGUGGUUGUGUGAAGCCUAGUUUGGUUGUGGAAAAAGAACCAGCUGCCGUGUUACACAUGCUGAUGAAGCUUUGGGCGAGAAUAGCCCAUAUCCCAGUGGCUGGUCUAUCUCCUGAAAUGUCGACCCAAAUGCUGUAAUGUGUUUUCGAUCAGAAAUGAUUGCUUAGAGGAGAUUGUUAUAUUAAUAAUCGUGCAUUAUAAUCCCCAGAUGAACUCCAGUUCGUGCUGAUGGAGCUUUAGCCGAGAAUAGCACAUAUCCCAGUGGCUCUGGCCUGGCCAUAAGAGGGCUGGAGUGGAAAAGCGAGACAUAGUCCGAUAUUACUUAGGUCUCCGUAACUGUAUUUAAGCUCACGCACAGCUCACCACUGUUCCACUUAGGGGUCCUGGUCGGAGGAGUCAAUUAUUGGCGUUUUUUGCGCACAGUAAAGGAUGACUUGCGUGUUGCAUUCUCAGACACGUGGUCUGCUUUUCGUGGCCACGCAUCCAAGGUCAACUCGUAUCGAUCGCCUUCAACUGGAGUGCGUUAAUUCAUUUCUCUCAGUCUGAUUGAACAUUUAUUCUGAAAGCCGUUGAUUAAUCCAAAUGUCAACUCCAGGCCAAUUUGUAGGUCGUGUCAUAUCGUUCAAUCUUCAGUUGUGUGGGUUCUCUGAGUUUCCAGCAGGCUUGUUGGACACGUGUCUCUCUUAAUGAGACGGUUAAAAGGAGUCAGGAUCCUGAUUUUAAAUCCUUCUUUUUGUGCCCUAGCUUAUUUCGAAAUGGGGAUUUCGUCAGAGCAUAAAGAAUUUACGUAGGUUAGGAAUUUUGCGAUCAUUUACAGUAGCACAAAAAGGCCUUUCAGCCUGGGUUCGUAAACUUCAGCAACGUCAGUAGCAUACAGUCUUGUCAUGUUUCCUGAAAGCAUCAGCGGACAGGAGUCUACCAUCUCCCCGAAAACAGCCAUAGGAGACAUGGAGAAACUCGUCGUACGAAUCUCAUGACGGGAUCAGAUAACUGUUUACGCCCGUUUACAAUCGCUUUAUGUAGUUGGACUUGUAGUGGCUAAAUGCCGCUGCCUGUCCCGAAUUGAAAAACUCGCCCUUGGAACGACGUUUAACCGCGAGCGCCCUGGAGUAAUUGAGAAGUACAGUAGGUGGGCUAACUCAUGAAAUGUCGAUCGAAAUAUUCAAAUGCGUUUUAGUUUCGAAAAGAUUAAUUAAGUAGGAUUGUAAAACCAAUCAGUCUGCAGCACAAUUCUAUAAUAAUUCAGUUACCUUCGGAUGCCGGCUUUCAAAUGAAAUUCCUUCCGGCUGCAUGCAAAAACCGAAUUAUGUCCCUCAUUCGAGUAUAAAAUUAGAAGAAGACAUUAUUAUCUACGAAUGAGCAAAAGAAUGAAUAUUUUAAUUCAUGUUUUCCAUGAAAUAUAAUUGGACAUUUAGGGACAUCGAAAAUCAAUGCAUGCUACAUAUGCAGGCAUUUUUUACAGUGUCGUUUUUGCAUGCAGCCGGAAGGAAGUUCAUUCGAAAGCCGGCAUCCCCAGGUAACUGAAAUAUUAUAGAAUUAUGUUACAGGCUGACUAGUUUUACAACCCUACAUAAUCUUUUGAAACGAAAACGCAUUUGAGAAUUUCGGUUGACAUUUCAUGAGUUAGCCCACCUACCGUAUAUUCGGUUUAGAAAGUCGAAAACUGCCGGAUUAUCAUUCACGAUUUGCAUAAAACAUUAUUUCUUAAUGCCUCUUUUCGAGAUGGCAAAACGCGUAUUGGUUUAAAGAGCCCGGAUCCCCUAGAUGAGCGGGUGUCCGUUUAAGCUCUGGCUACUGGCUUGAUAGGUGAUUUGUUAGAGCAGCUGUCGGCCGUGCAUUUACUGCCCUUCUACCAAGUUCCUAGUUCCGUUCAAAAUGGCCCUGUCUGCUCCUACUUUUCCCGCUGUUAUUUAAUGCCCAUUACUGACCUGAAGGAUUAACAAUUCAUCAGUAAGGUUCAAGUUACGGUUAAAGUUAGGACACGGUCAUAUCGUGACUUACCUAACUUACCGAAUGCGUCUUCAUUAAUGUAAAAGAACUAUCCUACCUGCAACCAGUCCGAAGGGCUCCACCGAAACACCAAACCAUUAAUGGACGGUCUCUGGGUAGUUAAAUACGUUUUAAAAGUACCAUUUCGUUGGUUUAAAGAACAAUUUUCUUAAGAAUAGUGCAAGUUUCAGAAACGCGAGCAUUUGUCUCAGGUAAGCAGAUCGCAAAUUUUAAAAGCAAGCAGUGCAGAAAAACACUGGAUAAGACGCUGUAGCAAAGUAUUGUUUGACAUGUUUGUUUACUUGACCAAGAAUAUCUGGUCAUGUGUUUCAAGACCGUGUCUUGCAAAAUCGAUGUAAUUUUCCGUUUCUGUAUUGCCCGAAAUGCGAUUGAGGGUAGGAUGGUAGUUGGUAGCCCUGCCCACUGAUUCUACAAUUGCACUUACUGGCUCGAUUUCAAGCUCUGUAAUUACGUUCUCAUUAUGUCUGGGAGUGCACGCGCAGAAGCUUUGUCAGAAUGACUUUCUUCUUCACUUUAACCGCCCCGAGAACGAGGCGCUGCAAAAUGUCUAUAUAGACUCAUUAUAUUGCACCCCUACAGGGAAAUCUUUAGUAAAGGGCGAAAGAUUUAUCCUAGGCGAAUUAUGAUUCAUCAUGCUUCUCAUUAUGCUUCUAAUUGCGUGCGCGCACUUUGUUACCUGUAUCUGAUUCAUUUAAGAGGUACUAUCCUAGGCUGUAUACCACAGUACCCAGAUGUUACCUGAAGGCAUAACCAUCCGUGUGCUGUCGCAGUAUUUGUAAGGGCACGACCUUUCGGCAUCUACAUAAGACCCUACAGGUCAGUAGUCCUUUCUGCUGGAGAUACUGCACUAGGUAGUACGAGUGGAUUGUUGCCAGGAUCCGCGAAUAAUCUGUCGGCCUAUCCACUUGCGGUCCCACUUUCCUUCGCCUUCUAAGAGACUGGGCUCUGCAAGCAGAACAAAGUGUAACUUCAUAUACAGAGUGCUAAUUCCUCUUUGCAUUGUAUAGUACACCAUUCACGUAUAGCAAACAACUACUGCCAUAGUUUUAAUCCUAGAUGUGGCCACAGUGACAAUACACUAUUAUUUGCAGAUUUUCUCUUUCGCCCAAACAUAUUUUUCGCAUUAAAGUCUUAUCCCGCUUGCGUUAUGCCGUCCUGCGUGCUGCUGCUUUACUCUCGUGUUCUCAUGUCCAUUCUGUCGGUUGGAGUACUAUCGCACAUACUGCGGAAUGGCCUUAAGACACACUGCCUUCUUCCUAAUGGUUGUUCGCCUUCACUUGAUAUUCUUUCCAAUCUGGGGCAAGGAUGCAUUCAUCUUGCAUACCGUACUAAUUAUCCAUGCUUACUUCUAUACCCUCCUUGCAUUUUUAACCUUAUUUAAAUUAGGCUUCGACUUUUCCAGGAACGUCAAUUCCAGGCAUACCCUACAAGCGCCAUUUACGCCUCCACUCAUCUGCCCUAACCGCAUAGCCCCUAUUACCACCGGUCCCCUAAGACAGGUAGCUGGAAGUUUUCGGUACCGGGAGGGCUACCAACUACCAUCUAACCCGAUUGAGUAAAGCAAAGGGGGUUUCGCUUGAAGUCGCUGGUAGAGUCGUCACAUAAAUAAUAGUUUCCAUAAGUUCAUCUGUUGACGAGCAGGUCAGGAGUCAUCAAAAUUUGAAUGGGAGCCACAAAUGUAUUAAUUAGCAUGCCGGUUUGCACAUAUUAAGGGAACUUACAGUUUUUGCUUAUGAGUCCCUUGAGUCUCGGAAUGUCCUUGAAAUGCCAGUGUUUUCAAUCGAUUGUUCAAAAAGAAAGGUUAUGUGCUAUGCGUUUAUACUAACCUUUAAUUUAAGAUAUUUCUGCACAGUGUUUACCGACGUACUGAGUACUUGGGCGUUCUUUUUUCCUAUAGGUGGCCGCUUGGGUCAUGUUCGAAGACUCACCCAAGCAUAAAAUCUAAUCGUCGUAAAAAAUGAAUGCCCACAACUAUGAAAUGCUUUUAGUCAGUUGAAUAACUUCCUCUAAUAAAUUACCCAUUUAAAAACUGCUUUAGUGUGGUGUCCUGCUGACAGGUGUCCACGUACUCUACCUUUUUACACGGUGAAUUCAAGAAUAAAAUGGCACUUUCCGCCAUCUUUUUCUGUUUCCUGAAAGUCUUGUUUGGCAAAACUCUCGAAGUUACCUUUAGUCUCCUCUGAAUUAAAAAUAAAUGCCGAUGCGCAAAUCAUGUCUAGGGCAGCUAUUAGCGUUGGAAAUUGCCCGACUAUGCGAUAAAAUAAUUCGUAAGCAUACUUUGCAUGCAAAAGGACAUUUUUCGGUCCGGGCCAGGCAAAUAGAUAAAGUGCACAGUUUUUUAGAUGCCUGGAGUUGAUACAUCCAAUCUGCCUCAUCACGUUUCAUGAGUUGGGUCGCAUACUGUAAGUGCUCCCUGGAAGUAAGCGUCAGGUCACCUGCAGUAGGGUGGGAGAUCCAUAUUCCCGUCUCCGACUUGCAAAAUUACUAACCGAUGUACAAAUCGAUUGAAGCUGGUGAUUUACUUCUGCUGCCGAGGCAUGUGUUUGUUUUUAUUCUACUUUGUAGUUACGACGUUUAAAAAUAGAUGCUGUAAGUUAUUGCACUUUUACCCUCUCAUCAGACUAGGUAGAUGUGCGCAAACUCUAACACUCUUGCAGUUUGCUGGAGUUCCGGCCCCUCAUCAGCUCUUUCCUGGACUUUUCACGUACAUUCUUCAAGUAACACCCUCAAUAACACCGGGGGUCGGGGGGGGGGUAGUUGGGGCGGGGACUGGUAUGGACUGUCCCACUUUGCUCUGGGACUGCCUUGCGCCUUCUGUCUUGCUGUGUGAGAUGACGAAGCCUCACUUUUUUCUCACGGCAAUCAGUCACUUCUGCAUCAUGUGUUCCUCCUCUUCAUCUGAAGUGCUUACCAAUCUCUCUCCCCCUCUCACCGUAGUCGCCUCUCCAGCCCCAAACGACUGUCUGUCUACUUAAUUUUGUCAACAGCGUAUGGCCUCCCGUCCCGCGGCGACAGUUUCUCCAACCUUGUCACUUUCACAUACCCUAUGAGUUCAGUCUGAAAUUUGACCUCGUCUAGGAUAUGCUGACGUCUAGGUUUUCAAACUACACAGUAAUUCCACUAAUAGAGGAUGCGAACUUUAUUCGUGCCUGGUGGCUUUGCUGAUUUUAAAUGGCUAUUUUGGACUCGGCCGCCCCGCGUUAGUCGGGGCCGGAAUUAUUUGAGAUUUCGGUCGGGGCCCAAUCGGUCAUUGAGCGAGAUGCCCUAUCAGUUGAGUUAUGACAUUAUACUCUUUUUAUUAGGAUCAGGAAAUAACCAAGGUAAUGCAGUGGACGAUUUUCAUUGGUUGUUGGUUGUCACUGUGCUACGACCUUCGACAAGACAGCGUAAUCGGACCAGAUUUGCGUGGCUUUCAAAACGCCUUUGUGCCGCUAUUGUUUUAUUUCGCGCUACGGAUGCACACCAUCUCGAUAGCAUGUAAUCUACAUCCGCUUAGCGAAUCUAUUUUCUUGUACUGCGGGAAGGAGGGUCGGCAAUGCCAAGGGCAACCAGCCAUACCCACUCUCGGGUUUGGAUAACCGUGCAUUCGAACCCAAAUUCUUUGGUCUUUGAGCAUUUUAUAAUUCCAGUGCGCUGCCACUGAGCCACAGGCUCAUUCUCCUGUCGGUUGUUGUCGUAGAUAUUCACUAUCGUAUAUGCUAGUCCCUGUACUUUGUGAGCAAACAUAUUCUCUCUCUCCUCAUGAGAGGGAGAACUCCGAUAAGGUCGACCUCGUUGUUUCCGUUGUCAGACAAUAAUUGGACUCUAUAGAGCCUCCACUUUGGUUCACUUUAUGUGCACAGAGUUUUGGGUUGCCAGCUGGUCAUUGUCAAUCUGAGGACCGAAGAGACCCUAGCAACUCCAACAAAUGAACCAAGUUACCACACCCCCAAAACGGAGUCAGACACCUUUCCGGUUGCCUGCCAAUUAUUUAUUACCGUGUCUCUCACCCUAUUCCCCCCUCUCUCCCUCUCCCUAUCUAUCUCUCUUGAUAUUCACUCUGCCUUUUAGAAACGUAGCCAACUGGCAGCCAUGGCCGCUGAACGCACCCGGAGACUCACCUGGAUUGGUCUUGGAGCCAUGGGUCUGCAGUUUGGUCUACUCGCCCGACUGACCUGGUGGGAGUACUCUUGGGAUAUCAUGGAACCGGUCACCUAUUUCGUCGGUUACGGCACAACCAUGGCCAUGUACGCCUACUACGUCGUUACUCGGCAGGUACGUGAUUCAACAGGGCACGGGAAUAUGGACCCCUCCCCAGUACUACAGGUGGCCUUGCGCUAUACUUCGGGGGGGUGCUAGGGUUAAAGCUAAGACACGGUGGUAGGUACGCCUAAAAGCGCAUAUUUCGUAAGGGUGUGAACGCAAGCCACCAUUCAGAAGUCCUCUCUCUCUCCCUAUCUUUGAGCAGACGCUUCGGGCAUUCAUGAUCUGUCCCUGGAGAACAUGAGGGAAUUGAAACCCAAACAAGAGGAUCUUCAUAUGGAGUCAAUAGCCACGGAGACUCCGAGGCUGAGCGACUCGAAGUCAGUUUAUGAUUGAUACCUGUUUAGGACUAUUGCAUGAUGGAAAAAGAUGUCGUCAGAAAGUACCAGUAACUUUAGAUGGCAUCUGAAAACUGUUUAGGUGACCGUCCUGAGAGCUUUUCCUAACGUCUUAUUAUGACUACCUUACACCUCCCUUCCAACCCCCUGAAUACAUUUUCUUCAUUAUUCGGUUUUACUGCCCUUUUUUCAAACACCCUAUCAUUUUUUGGACCUUGUUGGCUACGUAAUUUUGCAAAUGGCCCUCUCUGUUCUUCACUCUGUCCACUUUAAUUUGCACAAGUGCAUUUCAAACACACAGUUUCUAGGGCUUUUUAGUUUUUGGAAUUUUUUUCCGGCCUUGAAGACUUUCUUGACUACAAAGUUUGUUUGGUUGCCGGACUGUACUCAUCGCCACUGGCAGUAAGUCCAGUUUUGUGGUGGAAUUCUCACGAGACUAGCGAUCCCCUAAGGACUUUCUGUCACAUAGGCGUAUUUACCAGCCUAACAUCCUAUUCCUUUUGCCCUAACGUGUUAUCGCAUCUUGGUACGUUUUAUCUGGGUUUUGGUGACUGGCAGUUUUCUCCUCUACCCUCAAAGUUGCUUCUCUUCAUAUUCCCAAAAACCAUGACUUAUUUCCCGUAAGGCAAGAAAGCUGACUGUUUCUCGCAAAAAUUCAGCCUAGAUCACGUUUUUCCUUUCCCUGGUUCUGUCAUGUCAUGCGUUUGUCUAUGCGCUUCGGUAACGCAGUUGGCCGUACACGAUCGCAGUUAUUUGAUUGGAUGCUUUCAGGCCACGCGAUGAGUGUUUAUGGGUUGCAACAGCCAAUGAGAAGUUAGGCAAGGCGUAGUGCAGUUUAAAAGCGCGUUAGUUGAUCGUUGCGCGGCUCAGGUUGCAUGCUUGAAAGCCUGGUCAUUCGUCUACGUGGUGUAGCACAAAGCCAUAUCCGGUGAAGAGACAUUGCGAAGUAAAUUUAGCCUUAAGUGGAUACCAACUUUUCUUAUCUUCUCAUCGUAAAAUCUACUCUAUGUUUAAGCCGUCUUUCUCAAACAACUUACCAUUCACCCUCUUCCGUCAAUGCAGGAUUACUCCUUCCCGCAAGUUUUUGACCGAGAAUACCUGAAGGUCUUCUACAAAAAGGCGACCGAAAAAGGCUUUGAUGUGGAACGGUACAAUCAAUUGUGUGACAAGUUAGCUGCUCUCCGCAGUGAUCUCCGUCGCUUGCGAGAUCCAUUGUACCUGAGACUUCCCCUGCAGCAGACUGGUUUCCUAGUGAAGGAGGACGUCAAGGAGAAUCUCGAGACCGGUUGUUCUUCCUCUUCCACUCUCCCCCUCACCCCUCCGCCCUCUAACAAACAUCUGACAUAG